CAGAGGGGGAGGCGGUGGAGGGGGAGAUGAGGGUGGAGGAGGUGGUGGCUAUGAAGGUGGUGGCUUUGGGAGAGGACGUGGACGACGUCCCGUCACAGACUACGGCGCGACGAUGGUCCAUUGGAUGCAAAACCGCCAGCCACGCUACAAGGCACGCCUCCAAGGAGAGAUGGAGAGGCCGAGUCCCAGCUACAUCGUCGAUAUGCUUCCUCCCCUUGCCAGGAUAGACAAGGCUGCUGAUACUAUACCCGCUCAUCAUCUACAUUCCUCCUUAAACAAGAUCAAGCAUCCAGUGAACGUUGUGCGCUGGACGCCAGAAGGCCGCAGGUUGUUGACUGCAUCCAGCAGCGGUGAAUUCACGUUAUGGAACGGCACGGGGUUCAACUUCGAGACCAUCCAGCAGGCUCACGACGUUGCCAUCAGGGCGCUGUCAUACUCACAUAACGGCGACUGGCUGAUCUCGGCUGAUCAUGAUGGUAUUAUCAAAUACUGGCAGCCCAACUUCAACAACGUCAAGGUUAUUCAGGGCCACGGCGACCCCAUCAGAGAUAUGGCCUUCAGCCCGAACGAUUCCAAGUUUGUCACAGCUUCAGACGACUCAACUCUUAAGAUCUUUGAUUUUGCAGGGGGAGUUGAAGAGUCGACCAUUACUGGCCACGGAUGGGACGCCAAGAGCGUCGACUGGCAUCCAACCAAGGGCCUGAUCGUUUCCGGGUCCAAAGAUCAUUUAGUAAAGCUAUGGGAUCCCCGAACAAGCCGCUGCCUAACCACCCUCCACGGCCACAAAAACACCAUCACCAAGACCCUCUUCGAACGCGUACGUGGAUUAUGUCUCGCUACCUCCGCACGAGACCAAACAGCCCGCGUCUUCGAUUUACGAAUGAUGCGCGACAUCUGCCUCCUCAAAGGCCACGAAAAAGACAUCUCAACCAUAACCUGGCAUCCCAUCCACUCCAAUCUCCUCAGCACCGGCGGCUCCGACGGGUCCCUUUUCCACUACCUCCUCGACGAACCCCACACACCCGCAGGCACCAUGCCCUCAACCGCCGUAUGUGAUAGUCCUGACCCGGCCACGGCGCCGUCGCAAACCAUCCACCCCGCCCACAAAAUCCCCUUCGCCCACGACUUCGCCAUCUGGUCCCUGGACUGGCACCCGCUCGGCCACAUCCUCGCCUCGGGCUCCAACGAUAGGCUCACACGUUUCUGGACGCGCGCGCGCCCAGGCGAUUCGACAGUCUUUAAAGACCGUUACCAUAUCGGCGAGGCGGCCGCGGAGGCGGAGGGGACGUGGGAUCGCAGAAACUGGAGGCAGAAGCGCCAGGAGGAUGAGGAGCAGGAGAUGGAAGAUGAAAUGGAUGGUCUGGAGGACCAGAAAAUGCCUGCUAAGAUACCUGGAUUCCCAGGUAUCCCCGGCCUACCACUCCCUGGAUCCCAAUCAAUGAUCCCUGGUAUGGGCGCUGUCGCGCCUCCCCCGCAACUACCAUUUAACCUCUCUGGUCUACCGGGACUGAGCGGCAACCUCCCACCGCCUCCACCAAUGGACCCGAAUAACCCCCCCGAUCUAGCUACACUCACAGCUAUGAUGAAGAAAGCUGGUAUCCCGCCUCCACCUCCCCCAGGGCAGGGCGGGCAAUUCCCUCCCCCUCCACCGGGCAUCUUGCCGCCUGGCUUGUUACCGCCGGGAUUCACGCUCCCACCUGGAUUCCCACCGCCUCCACCGGGGAUGGCGGGUAUGCCGGGACUUCCUCCUGGGCUUGGAGGCGUGCCGCCGCCAAUACCUGGGUUUGCGCCGCAGAGUGCUGAGGAGGCGGGUGCUGCGGGGAUAAGGAAGCGUGGGCCGUUGCCAAGUCAGCAGGAGAGUUUGCAGAUGGAGCAGAGGAAGGGGAAGUAUACGCGUGCUAGGUAGUUAGUUUGGGGGGGGGGGGCGGUGUAUUAAUAUAGGUUGCUAGUUGGAAAGUGUUUUUGAAGGGAGGAUAGUGGGUGGCGGUGGGCUGGCAAAAGGAGAUACAGACAACGAUGGUAGUGUUGUUAUGUACAUCACAUCUGCGGCGUUAGAUACCAUGGCGUUACAAUCAAUCUAUUGAUCCCAC